AUGAACCCGCACCAGGCAAAGAAAAUCGACGUCAAGUCCCUCUCCCCGGAGGAGCAGCGGCUCUUCCGUCUCUACGGUAAACUGCCUAGCCGCAGCGACCACUUUGCCAAGCACCUCAAGGAGCGCAAAUAUUUUGACAGCGGCGACUACGCCAUGAGCAAGGCUGGAAAGGGCGACAGCGUCGACACGGGCGCAGUAGGCAGCCAGCAUCCCGUGCCCGAGAACAUCCCCCAUCUGUCGAGCCCCGUCGGCGGACCCAACGGUAUCGGCAGCGUGCUGCACCCGCACCAUCACCACCAACACCACCCCGGCCUGCAAGCCGGAUCCCCUGUCAAGGAGAGCAGCUUCCUGCACCGCGAGACUAGCGCUGAGGACAGCGAGGGCACUCCCGGCUCCGAGGAGCAGCAGCAGCAACAGCAGCAGCAGUCACCUGAAGCAACAGCCUCAGCGACCGCCGGCGAGCAGCAAGAGAUACCUGUCCGGCGGUGA